AUGCCUGGUUCAAGCGACUAUACGGUCGGCUGGAUCUGUGCUCUACCAUGCGAAUAUGUUGCCGCACGAUUAUGUCUCGAUGAGAAGCACUCAGAUGUGUCGGCCAAUGCCUCCGAGACCGAUAACAAUAAUUACAUUCUUGGGCGAAUUGGCAAACAUAAUGUCGUCAUUGCCGUUUUGCCCAAGGGCGGCCAUGGUACAACAUCUGCGACAGCCGUUGCAAGAGACAUGCUGCACAGUUUCCCCAACAUUCGUAUCGGAUUGAUGGUAGGCAUUGGUGGCGGUGUCCCAACAAAACAUGAUAUUCGGCUCGGCGACGUGGUAGUAAGUGCGCCUCAAAAUGGCAAAAGCGGGGUGUUUCAAUAUGACUUUGGAAAGACGAUUCAGAACGAGGCUUUUGUCUACACUAGUAUUCUUGAUCAGCCUCCAGUCGCGCUACGUACCGCAAUAUCUAAACUUAAAGGCGAUUACGAGCUGGAAGGCCAUACAAUCGAGGAAACCAUCAACGUUAUCCUCUCCAAGAAUCCACGGCUGCAACAGAAAUAUGGCAGGCCCAGUUCUCUGACCGACCAAUUGUUCAAACCUCAUCUUACGCAUGACAGUAUUUGCUGCCGCGAAGGAGGAUGCGUGAGCAACUAUAACAAUAUAGUCACAAGGGCGGAAAGAACCCAACUUGAAGGCGCGAUAAAAAUUCACUACGGCACAAUUGCCUCAGGCAACCAAUUGAUCAAAGACGCUCUUAUCCGUGACAAGCUUUCAGGAGAAAAAGACAUUUUAUGUUUUGAGAUGGAAGCUGCCGGGUUGAUGAAUCAUUUCCCCUGCGCGGUCAUUCGUGGUAUUUGUGAUUACUCCGAUAGCCACAAGAAUGAUCAAUGGCAAGGAUACGCUGCGUUGACGGCCGCUUUGUAUGCGAAGGACCUUCUGUCCCAUCUUUCGCCUCGCGAGCCAAAUUUGGAAAAAAGGAUGGUGGACAUUUUAGCAGAUGGUUAG